UCGAGAAAACACUAGGUUCAGAAUCUCGUGCCCCAAAAAUCGAUAAAAAACAUUGAAAACACGUGAGACAGUGGAUCAUCAGUAUAAAAAUUAUUCAAUUAUUCAUAACAAUUGGUAAUUGUUAAUUCAGACGUGACAGUCUUCUGAAAUAAUUCCAGAGAAGCUGAAGGUGCAGUCAUAACCUUGAUGUCAAAGAAAAAAAUUGUAUUUCGAUGUCGAAUUUAUUCUGAAAUAUCGGGAGAGGAUUUUUGACAACCAGAAGAUGCUGGUGACGUGCAGAAGAGUCCUCAGGGUGGAGAGGAGCUUGAGGUUUUUCUCUGUUAAUUUAGAACAAGUGCCGAAUGACAAGAUUGAUGGAAUGCAGGAUGACGAUUACGUUGUGGACCAGUCCUUCGACGUUCAGAGGAUUCGAAGGGAUGAGGAUAAAUCCUUGAGGAUCGCUAUUUUAGGACUGCCAAAUGCUGGAAAAAGCACGCUCGUCAAUCAACUAGCUGGAAGACAGAUUUGCGCAAUGUCCGGAAAAGCGCACACAACCAGAUCGAAGACGAACGUCAUCUACUCGGAGAGCAACACCCAGCUGAUUUUCAUGGAUACACCAGGACUAGUAACGAAUCGUGACUUCAAGAAGUUCAAGCUCGAGCCAACAUUCAAAUCGGAUAUUACACAAUCCCUGGAGCUUGCGGAUGUCGUGGGAGUGGUGCAGGACGUGUCAAAUCCGUUCAAGAGGCAUAAGAUCGAUGAGAGAGUGAUCGAGGCCCUGAAGUGCACGAGACCUGGGGUUUUCUCGAUUCUCAUACUGAAUAAAAUCGAUAGGAUGAGGCGGAAGAAGGAGCUCCUCAAGCUCGUCGAUAUCCUCACGGGGGAAAACAACUGGCCCAAUUUUUCUGACAUCUUCAUGAUUUCCGCACUCAAAAACGAUGGGGUUGAUGAUUUGAGGGCGUAUCUAAUGGAUUCGGCGACGAACAGAGACUGGGACUACCGUAGCAAUCAGAUAACUGAUGAAUCCACUGAGAAAAUAGUCGAGAGAACUGUAAAAGCCAAAUUCAUGGAUGCUCUACCCGAUGAGCUUCCCUACGUCCUCGAUAUUCAGACAGAACACCUCGGGGUUCUCCCCGAUGACAGUAUGUCAGCUGUUGUCAACGUCGACUGCCCCACGGACAGAAUUGGAAAACUCGUGAUGGGGCCCAAAGGCUCCAGAGUGAAACAAGUCGCUCUCGCUGCUGAGCAAGACCUCAGCAAUGCCUUCAGAACGACUGUCAGACUUAAAAUUGCUAUUAAUUUCAAAACAAAAAAAUGAUACGUCCAUGUAAAUACUGAUUAAGAAAUUGUGAAGACAUAAUUAAUUUCUAGGGUACAUUAUACCUCUCCAGAAAUUUCGAAGGAGAAAAAUAAUUAAUCAAGGAUAUUAUGGAAUUUUAAAUACAAUGCAGUUGAUUAAUAUUAA